AUGGAGGGCCACGGCCACCACCAUCACCACCAGCAGCAGCAGCAGCAAUAUCUCCACAAUCCAUUCCAUCCCCAACCUCAGCCUCAGCCGCCGGCGGUGGGCGAGACGGCUGACAGCAGGUUCCCCCAAUGGAGCAUCCAAGAGACGAAAGAGUUCCUGGUGAUCCGAGCGGAGCUGGAUCGCACCUUCAUGGAGACGAAGCGGAACAAGCUGCUGUGGGAAGUCAUCUCCACCAAGAUGAAGGACAAAGGCUUCCACCGUAGCGCCGAACAGUGCAAGUGCAAGUGGAAGAACCUCGUCACUCGAUACAAGGGAUGCGAGACGAUGGAGCCGGAAGCGAUGAGGCAGCAGUUCCCCUUCUACACCGAGCUGCAAGCCAUAUUCGCGGCCAGGAUGCAACGGAUGCUUUGGGCCGAAGCCGAGGGAACCGCCUCCGCCAGCGCCGGCGGGAAGAAGAAUAAGGCUGCCGGUGGAGGAGGGCAGCUGUCGUCCGACGAGGACUACGAGGAGGAGGAGGAAGCGAGCGAAGGGGACAAGCUGCUGGCGGCUGCUGCUGCGGUGAAUACGAGCAGGAAGAGGAUGAAGAAAGGGAAGGGCAGUAUUAGCAGUAGUGGUGGUAAUGCCGGAGUUGGUGCGGCGGCGAUGAAGGAGGUGAUGGAAGGGUUCGUGAGGCAGCAGAUGGCGAUGGAGGUGCAGUGGAGGGAAGCGUACGAGGCGAGGGAGAAUGAGAGGGCGGCCAAGGAGGCGGAGUGGCGGCGGACGAUGGAGGCCCUGGAGAAGGAGCGGCUGAUGAUGGAGCGCCGCUGGAGGGAGAGGGAGGAGCAGAGGAGGGCCAGGGAGGAAGCUCGCGCCGACAAGAGGGACGCCUUGAUCACCGCGCUUCUCAACAAGCUCGCUAGAGAUGAACAACCUUGAAUCCUUAGAUGUGUUUAAUUGGAUCCAACAAGGAGGUAACUUAAAGCUAGCUUGUCGAUCCAUCGUUAAGCUUCGUUGGUUGGUGUUAGUUUUCGUAGCUGGAUUCAGGGUUAGAGGGAGGGAGGGAGGGAGGCAGUAGGGUUAUUACUUAUUAGCUCAGCUAGCUAGUUCACUUCAAACAUUAUGUUGUUAAAUGGAAGUUUUCGUGUUAAUUUUUGAAUCAUGCAUGUCAUGAGGU